AUGGCGACGCUCGAAGCUACCGGUGCUCUGGAGGAGCUCCUGCGGCAGCAGCGCUCUCUCGUAGAUCAAACGCUGUUCCCGCUGCUAGAGGACGCACCGCUCGGAGGCCUGCUGCAGCUUUUCCAGUCGACGCUGCUGGCUCUGCAGAGUCAAGAGCCGUCUUUUUGGCAGCUGCAAGUGGUGAAGUUCAUCCGGAACGUGCUCAAGACGCGGGUGGGCGGCUGCGUGCGAGACGCGGUGAGAUCUGCGGCCUCUGAGGAGCCGCAGGACCCUGUGCAAGUUGUUGCAAGUGCCAAAGCUCAUGUGGAGAAGAGCAGCGAGCUGGAGGGCGCCUUGAGACAACUGAGAAGCGAUGUGGAGCAGGAGGUGGCCAGGUUGACGCGUCUGCUGAGUGCUGAAAAGGAGAACAAAAGGGGGUUUGAAGGUACAGACGAGCACUUCCUGGAUCAAUUCUGGGACAAAUUGCAGAAGCUGGCGGACUCGAGAGAGAUGCAACCGAAGUCGGACGAGGAACGAGAAGCUGAAAGGGCUGAGGAGUCGGAGAGCUGCUCCUUCGAGGUGCUCACGUUCGACGAUGAUCUGGACGAUGUGUCCAGGUCCGCAAUGAGCGUUAUAUUCGACCUGAUGAGCCAAAUUGAGGACGCUGCUCAAUUUCUGGAACUGUAUGGAGCUGUCCUCGAGUUUAUGGGGUUGCAAUUGAAUUCGGACAAACUGAACUUGGAUCGCCAGAGCCUUUUUGAAAGUGCCGAUGCGCACUCUAUUGCCGUUUUGGAUUGCUUUCGUGUUUUGCACGCGCUGAUUUGCCGAGUUACGCGGCACUGGGUGUAUUUUUCAGCUGAUGCACUCGCUCGAGUGAUGUUCUCGACGUUUGAUCUCCUGACGAUGUACUCCAAGACGGAGACUGAAGUCGAAGCAAAGCGUGCCAAUCCUCUUCUGAUGAUGGCCUUGAUCGAUGAUUGCCCCAUGCAAUGGGUUAGAUUGUGGCUACUAAAUUGCCCAAGUGCACGGCAACUGUUUGUAGCGAUGGAGGAGUCGGGUUUCAUCGCUGAUUUACUUCAGUACAUGUCUCGAGUUCGGCCUUUGGCUUUGAUAAAAUCGACAACGUCCGCAACCGACGUCAUUGAAAAACGCGCUGUUCAGAGUGAGCAACAUGAGGAACUGGACGCUGACUACGAGUACCUCGGUUCGGGUGUUAUUGACGCACUCAUCCUAUCAAUCACAUCGGUAAUCGUGACGAUACCCAGACAUUCGCAAACGAUCGUAAAAGAUUCAUACGACGACCUGUGGACAAAGGCUAUCUCUAACAGUGUUGCAACAUAUCUUCAUGCAGCAUGCGGCGGUGAUCUAACCGCAGGGCUUGUAAUGACAUUCAGAAUAGCGCAAGAAGUUGGGCUUGUCAGUGAACUUUGGGAAGUGGCAAUAAACAGCCCCGAGCAUGAAUGUCCUCCCCAGCUAACCCACCUGGUUAGGCGCCUACGUCUAUUGCAAUGCUGUUUGAGUACGCAGUACGCUUCGUCGUCCUUGCUCUUAAAUGAGUGCGGCCUGUUGGUUGAAUUCCUUUCGAGGGCUCUGACACGCCACGUGAAAGGGGAGUGUAUGAGAUCGUGCGAUGCUGAAGAUACCUGCUGUGUGGCGUUUUCGCUGGUUCUCUCGCUCGUUUCAAGCGUCCCAGCGUUGCUCGAGUGCAGUGGUCUGAUUGCAGAGCUCAAGUUAUUAAACCUUGAUGCCAAGAGUGUACAGCAACGUGAUGUGUUGUGUGGUGAUAGCGAGAUUCUAGGCUCGUGUUCGCUGCUUGAGAAGCAACUUUGCUACGAGUUCGAGUUUGUUGGAGGCGCGGGUGAGAGAAUCCCUCGGUGUGAGCUUUGCGCCUUCGAUGGGUAUUCCCGGCAGAAUGGCAGUACGGCAGCUAACGUCAAAGAAUCGGAAGUUAAACACGCUUCAGAGUUCAUCGUUACGCUGCGAGAUAAAAUACUCCAAGCGAUUCACGAUGGCGUCAAGAGCGGCUCGUCAGUGCCCAUGGAUUUUGUGCUGAUCUCGCAAGCUUCGUGGGAGAUGGUUAACGAGCUGGAAAGUAAACUCGUGGUCUCAACAACUUCCGGCACUUCCAGAUCAGCGGCUGCGUUCACCGAGGUCUUCGCAAAACUCGUGUACAGCCUCGUACCUAGCAACCGCAGUCGUUUAGACGUUUCUAACAUCGGGGCGUUGGAUGGCAACACCGGUGUUUACUCGGGACAAGAUGCUGCAGAGUUCUUUCCGACGGAUUCGGGGCGAAAACUCAUGAAUCGGCUCUACAAGAACUACACAAGUGGUUUAUCACUAGAAUCUUCGCCCACCUUGCUACACUGUAUCGUGAAAAAGUUCGGCAAGGCGGCCAUGGACUGUUUUCCGGUUACGGUGUUGAUGAUAUUGUAUCCAACCUACGACGAAGCAGAUAUCCUGCGAUUCCUAUCGCAUUGUCUUACCACUCCGUCAGGUUGCUUCCUCUGGCCAAGAAGUGCUGCUAAGCGAGGUAAUGAAGCUGACGGAGUGAAUGAAGUAUCACCAGCAAUGUUGAUUGCUGAAGGGGUUGAGCUCAUACUGGAGCGAGAGUUUCCACUGGUAGGUUUACACUACACUGUCAACACCGAUGAAGUAUUCCCUACUUACUAUCGUCUGUUCCUUUCUCGCGACAGGUUUUGCGAACCAUCGAUCGAUGCCACUGCUCGCUUCUGA